CUCUACUCGCUGCUACCCUGAGAAGUGUUCAUAGUAGGCUAUGGCGUAGCCGCUUUUGGACGAGCCGCCUUUUAGUCUAUACCAUAAGACUACCACCAACGAACGCCUAGUCAACCACGGUGCAAGAAACCUCUUGCGAAAUGUCGAAGAGAAUUUGUCUGGUCAUCGGCGGCACUGGAGGUAUCGGACAAGCCAUCGCAGAACAUCUUGCGCAACGAAAGUACACCGUGAUUGUCGCAGCUCGCAACGUUAGCAAAGGCAACGAAAUCAUCGAACGAAUUAAGUCAGCGGAAGGGAAAGCGACAUUCAUACCUUGCGACUUGUCAAACGAAUUCUCAAUCCGCGAACUGCACGCCGAAGUCUUACUGCUGCACGGACGGGUCGAUGUUGCGAUCAAUGCGGCUGGAAUAUCGAUGCCCUCGGGCAAAAUCGCAGAUGCUCCCGUCGCUACCUUCCAAGCGAUCAUGGAUAUCAACGUCACGGCGGUCUUCAUCUCGAUGCAGGAACAACUUCGCAUCAUGCUGGGUCAAACGCCGCGGAAGGGUCACAUCAUCAAUAUUGCUUCGAUAUGGGGCUCGGCUGGUUUACCAUUCAACGCGAACUUUUGUGCAUCAAAGCACGCCCUUAUUGGACUUACCAAGACUGCGGCAUUGGAGUACGCCUCGGACAAUAUCUCCGUCUGCGCAGUGGCGCCUGGUGCCAUUCCUACAGGCAUGACAGAGAAGUGCCAUAGGCAAGGAGCAAAGCUUGGUUAUGAGUGGGCGAAGGUUGUUGAAGACAUGCCCAGGCAGUAUCCUGCGGGAAAGUAUGGUUCGCCUCAGGAUGUCGCGAAGGCAGUGGCUUAUCUCAUCGAGAGCGACUGGAGUACGGGCACGAUAUUGACAAUCGACGGAGGGUGGAGUGCUGGGUCCAGUCUGCAACACCCGUUGCCAACGUAACGCUUUCUUUGAAUAUCUCUCAAUUGAUACCCUGCCA